AGCUGAGUUUCACUUUCCGUCUCCGAGCGCCGUGGAGCGGGAAAUGAAAACCAAAGGGCGCAGUGCGCGCUGCUGCCCGCUGACUCAGGCAGCCCUGCUCCGCCCGCCCGCCCCGCCGCAGCAGCGCCUCCCCGCUGCGCCCCUUCUACCCCCGCUCGCCGUCGGCGGCUUUCUCGGGCCACGCAGGCUGGACCGACCUACCCGACAGAGGUGCUCCUCUGUGCCGCAGUCCUCCUGUCUUUGUGCAAUAUCUUUGAUGGGACAAAGAAGUGGACGUCAAGAAGGAAGCAAGAAAUUAGAGAUGGAACUAAGCAAGGCCAUGCAGGCAGAAGAAGUACAAAAUAAUGCAGAGAAAGACGAAGAGACAAAGGCCAAAAUACAGAAGCUGACCUCAGUCUUUGGUGUGGCAGACUUAAAAAAUGGAGCUGUUGGACUGUACAACAUUGGACUGAGCUGUUGUUUGAACUCUGUGCUCCAGGUGUUCCUCAUGAAUACAUGCUUCACAGGGAUACUUCGAAGGAUCACAGUGCCACCAGAUGCUGGGCAGAAGACAAGGAAUGUCCCAUACCAAAUGCUCCUGCUUUUGGAGAAGAUGCAGUGUGGCAAGCAGAAAGCUGUUUACCCCAGAGCCUUAGCCUCCUGUCUUUCGAUACACAGAGUAAAAUUGUUUGUGCAGCAUGAUGCUGCCCAGCUCUUUCUGACUCUCUGGAACUUGAUAAAGAAGCAGAUGAAAAAGGCAGAGCUGGUCGAAGAGCUGAGUGAGUUGUAUACUAUAUGUGUACAGGAACAUCUGGCCUGUCAGAAGUGCUCUUUUGAAACAAAAAGGAACAGCAAUAUGUUAACCCUCCCACUCCCAGUGUUGGAUGCCAAUUCUCACAUGCUGAAGACUCUGGAGGACUGUCUGCAGUACUUUUUCCUUCCAGAAGAGUUGACUGAUCACAAUAUGUGCUUCUGUGAACAGUGUGGAAAGAAAACACCUUUCCUGCAGAGCAUGAAGCUAGUCCAUCUGCCUCAGACUCUGACCAUACAUCUAAAGCGCUUCUGCUUCAAACAAUCAGCCCACAUUCACAAGCUUAGUCACUAUCUGCCAUUCCCAGAAGACCUGGAUUUUAAUGAAGUCUUGACAGAAAAUCAGUGCCAAGCAGAUGACAAGGAAAAGGCUGCCUGGAAGUACGAGAUUUUUGCUGUUGUUGCUCACUCAGGAUCGACCAGCUGUGGGCACUACUGUGCCUAUAUCCGAAGUCUCACAGAAUGUAAAUGGUACUGUUUCAACGAUUCUCAUGUUUGCCAGGUAUCAUGGGAUGAUGUUAAAUGCACCUUUGGACAUUCCAAACUCCACUGGGGAGAAACAGCCUAUCUCUUGAUUUACAUGAAAAAACGUCCUCAGUAGCCUCACCCAGGAGUGUCAGAAUGCCAAGGGAAGCUGUGUGUUGUCCGUGGAGCUCAGCACCUCUGCACUAGGGUAGAUGUGUACAAAUGUUCCACAAGAAGGACUUUCUGCACUCAGUCAGUGACCUCUGCCUUCACAUUUAUUUAUGGAAAACAUGCAGAAGAACUUUAGCUAAAGAAAGGAUCUAAGAAUUGUUGUACCUUGGAACUUCUUCCUUGUAUUUUUGACUCUAUAUAUUAAUUUCCUCUUAAAAGGUAGUGAAGUUA